UUGAGAGGCAUUUUACGCAGGACACCGAGUGGAUCAUACACACUUUAACACACACACACACGUACACACACGCAGCGUUGUGUGGAGUAUCAGCGCUCGGAGACAGACUGCACCUGUCCUACACACACACACACACUCUCUGCAUCCUCAGACACACACAUCAUAGAGAGAGGAGCUGACCGGUCGUCCCUAUGUGUGGAUGGGACCAAAGUUACACGGCGACCUCUCAUAGCUCGGCCAUGUUGACCAGUGAGGGGGCGCACACCAUGGAGCAAGACGACACGCACCACAGAGCCAAGAUGGCUUCAACAGCCACCACCACCACCACCACCAGCUCCAGCUCAGGUGGGGCAGAGACGAUGACAGACACGGACGUGGACAUGGAGGUGGAAGUAGAGAUGGAGGAGGCAGACCUGACCCGAUGGACGGAAGCAGAGUUCGAGGAGAAGUGCACGUACAUCGUCAAAGACACGGCUUGGGAGGCGGGGCCAGACAGUGAAGCCAUGACAACGACGGCAACCAGAGCUGAGGCGUCGCUGCCCCGAAACCUGGCUUUCAAACACCCGGCUGACAGCAAGGAGGUGGUCGGCGUAUGCAGCAGGGAGUACAUCCCCAAAGGAACUCGUUUCGGUCCCCUGGUGGGCGAGAUCUACACGGCCGACAGUGUCCCCAAAGACAUCAACCGCAAGUACUUUUGGCGGAUCUACGAGGACAGGGAGUUCCACCACUUCGUCGACGGCCUGGAUGAGACGCGCUCUAACUGGAUGCGGUACGUGAACCCGGCCCACUCGGCGGCAGAGCAGAACAUCGCGGCAUGUCAGAACGGCAUGGAGAUUUACUUCUACACGGUGAAGCCCGUCCUCGCCGGCGCUGAGCUGCUCGUCUGGUACUGCCACGACUUCGCCCGACGUCUCCACUACCCGCCAUCCGGAGAGCUGAUGAUGCAGAAACUCAAGCAGUCCCUCUUGGAGGUCAAGCAGCAGCAGGUGAGCAGUGAGGAGCGUUCGGUCGAAGCCUCCAGCCCGUCCCCUGUCGCGGUGACUCCCACCCCGCCCAAGAGGGAACACAGUGUCCUCUCCAUUCUGCGUGGCACCAACAGCACCCCCUCCUCCUCCUCGCCCAUGAAGAGGGAGCCCAGCCGGCCGCUUCCCACCCGGCCGCGCUGCGCCGACAGCCCGGAGCGCCCCCUGUACCCUCGCGCUCUCUACCCGGCUCUCAGGCCCCACCCUCACAUCCCUGAAGACUUCCUUGCUCACAAACAAGGCCAGCUUGGUUACCCCGCAACUCGUUCCCCUGGCAACCAGUCUUCAGCCACACCCAGUCCGUCGGCGAGGAGCAGCCCAGACAGCAGCCCUCAGGGGAGCCCCUCGGGUUCUUUCUACCCGACCGGACUGGGUUCUUACCCCGGUUACUCCCCGCCAUCUACCCCCAUGUCCUCAAACUUCUACCCUCCAGGAGCCCCUUACCAACGCUACCUCCUUCCCCAUCACUACCCUCUGCCUGGCGGUGGUGUCCCCACCGUGGGAGGAAUCUUUCCCAGGAUGUACCCCAUCUACAGCAACCUCCUGCCCCCUCACGUGCCCCUCCUGCCCUCCGACGCAGCAGGGAGGCGCUUCCUGAUUCCGGACCACGUCCACCACUCCUCCAUCUCUGCCCACAGAGAUUUCCUCCUUCCCAGGCCCACCAGUGCCUUCUCGGCUGCCACCUCCCCGAAGGACAAAGCAGGGCCUCACCACCAUUACCCCGGUCACCCACACAGACCCGCCCACUCGCCCUCCAGCGGCUCCCCAACAGCAGGCACAGCACCUCCCAACGAGCGGGUGCCCACCAAGCCUACCUCAGCACUGCUGGGCAAUGCCAGUGAGCAUUGCUCCGAUGAGGAGGCCAUCAACCUGUCCAAGGUGAAGCGUGGCCCGGGCUCAGCGGGCUACAAGGCGCUGCCGUACCCGCUCAAGAAGCAGAAUGGCAAAAUCAAAUACGAGUGCAACGUGUGCAGCAAGACCUUCGGACAGCUGUCGAACCUGAAGGUUCAUCUUCGUGUCCACAGUGGAGAGAGACCCUUCAAAUGUCAGACCUGUAACAAAGGCUUCACCCAGCUGGCUCACCUGCAGAAGCACUUCCUGGUCCACACUGGGGAGAAGCCACAUGAAUGCCAGGUUUGUCGCAAGCGCUUCAGCAGCACCAGCAACCUGAAAACUCACCUGCGCCUCCACUCAGGGGAAAAGCCCUACCACUGCAAACUCUGCCCAGCCAAGUUCACCCAGUUCGUCCACCUCAAGCUGCACAAGCGCCUGCAUUCCCGCGAGCGUCCACACAAAUGCCCCCACUGCCACCGCCACUACAUCCACCUGUGCAGCCUGCGGCUUCACCUGAAGGGCUACUGCCCAACUGUCUCCAGCCAGGGUCCCUUGGACGAGGUACAACGCGCCAACGAGGAGAUCGAGCGCUUUGACGUCAGCGAGCAUGCCGAGCAGCUGGAGCAGCUGCAGGGAGGGGUGGAGGUGGAGGCCAUGUUGGAGAAGCAGAUCUUGGGGAUGCUGUGGAGGGAUACCGACCUUAAGUCCUCCCACUUCCAUCCCCACCACAAGGGCGGCGCCACCGACCUUCUGUCUGCGGGUUACGGUUCAUACGAGUCCCCGAACGAGACGUCGGUCAUCAAGAUGCGGCACAGCAGCCCCAUGCUGCCGCUUCCUGCCAACGUCACCGUCAAGCAGGAGUCAGAGGAUCACGCAUAAGUGACCUUUAAACCAAAGGGACAUAGAGUCAAGACUGUAUGACUCACGGCGGACUCGGUUGCCAGGAGCAACAGCUGUAAAUAGAUAAUUCUGUACCUGGUUGUCAUCAGGAGUGACAUCAUGAUUACACCAGGUUUUCAACCUAUCAGGGACUCGCGUACUCAGGGCUCAAGAGACACUGUCCCAUGACUACUUAGCGGUUUCAGCGUUUAUUAUACUUAGAGACAAUCAUCUACCCAGGAUUUACCUUUAAUGUAAUUAAUAUAAUGCUAUUAUCAUUAUUUGUUGUUGUAUUAUUUGGUCUGUAUUUUCAAAUGUUUUUUUUGAUCAAUUAGUUGUUAUAUAACCUCCUUAAUUUAUUAUACUUUUUAUUUGUUGUCUUCAAAAGCAAUAAGUGGAAGGGAUGGUUACACUGACGGGUGAAAUCAAUGUACUAUUUUUCUGUUUAUUUUGUUUUUUCUCUGUGGCCAUUUCUCUGUAGAUAGUCACUCUCUCUAUGCCUAUAUCCGUCCGUCCUGCGACCUCUGACCUAUAGAACCAGGGGGGUCCACUCUUCAGGGUUUUUUUCUAUUUAAAUUUAGAAACCACUAUAGCAGGUAAAAAAAAAAAAAUGGGUUGAAAAACUUGCCAAAGUGCGGCACAUAAAUUUGUUAAUUUAGCGAAGAAGAGCUUUAUUUCAACCCUGCUUGAUAGCUUCCCUAAAGUAUGUCUGUGUCCUUUUCUGAUGCCUACUUAAUUUAAUUUGAAACAAAAAAGGGCAUUUAUUGUAUAUUUUUCACAACGGUUACCUCAGUGUGCAUGUGACGAUAUGAGUGUUUGUGUGCGUGGGUGUGUGUUUAAAGGGACAGCUAAAGGUGGGAGCUUUCUAUUUAUUUGCGUUUUGCUACUUGAAGAAGAAGAAGAAACCAAACUGAACUGGAGUGCAGCUCUUCAUGUGGUCCAAAGUGAGCGGCUCAGCCCGCUGAAACAUGUAGCACAUAACGGACUCGGGAGGCCGGCUAUAGCCGCCCCCCCUCGUCCCUCCUUUUGUUUUAUUUUUCUACAACACUGUCAACGCCCCAACAGGGAAGUGAACAUCCUCAAAUAUGAGGGGUUCACACUUGACGCUAGUAACCAAAGUUCACUUGGCUUUAAUUUCAAACCAAAAAAACACAAGAAAGGAAAAUGAAAACAAGGAAAGAAGGACUUGGGGAAUCAAAUAUGCUGACGAAGGGAAGAUGUACUGUGUGUAUAUGAUGAUGAUGAAGUGUUCACUCUUUCGCUGUGGUCUCACGUUUUGUAGAUGUUUUGUUAUUGUUCUUGUUGUUUGUUAAUAUUUCGGUUGAGAAGCAAAUGGCCCUUUCUUCAACCCCACCCGUCCGCCAUCUUGUUGAACUGGCAUACACCAAAGCACCUCGGCCUUCUUUUAUGCACUGGCCCCCUCCUCCUACUUUAUAACUUCAGUGCCGAUGCUUACACCAUUUACACUGUGUACAAUAUCACUGAAAACUGGUCGUAUUGGCGUUAAGGCUCAACUUAAUGUUACUAAAGCAACUGUGAUUUUCUGUAGCAGUUGUACAUCAACAACCUGAACUCUGUAGCUCUCUCUCUCUCUCUCUCUCUCUCUCUCUUUCUUCUGUUUCAUUAUCUUUCUCUCUAACUAAUGUUCGACCAAAGCGUCUCUUUCUCUGAUCAGAGCUUUAUCUCCAGAGGAGAAUCCCCUAAAGGACUGUCUCUGUUUACAUUCUGGUUUACAUAACGUUAUUUAUGUGCAAAAAUGUCAAAAAAGUGUAAAUUAUGAUAUAAAUGUUCACUGCUCUAAUCUAAA